AAAAAGUGCAAAUUAUGUAAAUUAUAGCAAAAGCAGAGGCGCAAAGGGAAAACUGAAACCGAAAAGCAAACGAAAGAGAAUUAGUCAAAUAGAAACGGCGGAAAAACUCCCAUAAUUUAAAGAAAAGAAGCAAAAGGAAGCAGAUCUGUGACCAGACGAAAACCGGAAAUUAAAUCUGCAGCGCUAAAACCAAAAAGUGGAAGAGGAAGCCGGACCACAGCCACCAGCCAAGCAGCAGCCACAACCGCAGCGAAAUCCGAGGCCAGCAGAGAAGGAACACGCGUGCCAAAUAUUUGCUUAAAAAUACCCGAAUAAAAUAAUAAUCAAAGGAGCGAAGAAUUGAGAGAUUCCCGUCUUUUUUCCAUCUUCUGGCGUGAAAAUUAACGAAGCCGCACGUUCCAUGAAGUGAGUUCGAUCCCCAACGAGACCUUGUUGAGCUUGGCUUUGUUAGCAGUCCUUUGUGCUAAUCAUCAUCGCCGCUUGGUUGCCGCAGGAGCUGAGUGGUAGUCCUGGCCAACUAUUUAGCCAAGGUGACGACGAGGCAAGGAUUGCCAGCCACUUUGCAGCAGAGCCAGGGACGUAGUCGGAGCCGGAGCCACAUCCACACCGAUACCCACAGUGAAAGGAGGCGGCGGGGCAGAGCCAUUCAAGCCAGGAGCCACGCGAAACAAACAAGCCAAGGACAUGGACUCCCCGCUGCCAGCGUCGCUGUCGCUGUUUGUCCUGUUGAUCUUCCUGGCGAUAAUUAAAGAAAGCUGUCAGGGACCGCAUGAGAAGCGACUGCUGAAUCACCUGCUCUCCACGUACAACACUCUGGAGCGACCGGUGGCCAAUGAAUCGGAGCCUCUGGAGGUGAAGUUCGGACUGACGCUGCAGCAGAUCAUCGAUGUGGAUGAAAAGAAUCAGAUUCUGACCACAAAUGCGUGGUUAAAUUUGGAGUGGAACGACUACAAUCUGCGCUGGAAUGAGACGGAAUAUGGCGGGGUCAAGGACCUGCGCAUCACGCCCAACAAGCUGUGGAAGCCCGACGUCCUCAUGUACAACAGCGCGGAUGAGGGAUUCGAUGGCACGUAUCACACCAACAUUGUGGUCAAACAUAACGGCAGUUGUCUGUACGUGCCCCCUGGUAUCUUCAAGAGCACAUGCAAGAUAGACAUCACGUGGUUCCCAUUCGAUGACCAACAUUGCGAAAUGAAAUUCGGUAGUUGGACUUACGAUGGAAAUCAGUUGGAUUUGGUUUUGAAUUCCGAAGAUGGAGGGGAUCUUUCCGAUUUCAUAACAAAUGGCGAGUGGUACUUGCUUGCCAUGCCGGGAAAGAAGAAUACGAUAGUCUACGCCUGCUGCCCAGAACCAUAUGUCGAUAUCACCUUUACUAUACAAAUUCGCCGCCGUACAUUAUAUUAUUUUUUCAAUUUAAUCGUACCAUGCGUGCUAAUCUCAUCGAUGGCCCUCUUGGGCUUCACCCUCCCGCCGGACUCGGGCGAGAAGCUGACCCUGGGCGUAACUAUACUACUAUCAUUAACAGUAUUUCUAAACCUUGUCGCCGAGUCCAUGCCGACAACGUCGGACGCUGUUCCUCUUAUAGGAGUUACAAUUCUUCUAUCGCUCACAGUGUUUCUCAACCUUGUAGCUGAGACAUUGCCCCAAGUAUCUGAUGCAAUCCCCUUGUUAGGCACCUACUUCAACUGCAUCAUGUUCAUGGUCGCAUCGUCGGUGGUGCUGACAGUAGUGGUGCUCAACUACCAUCAUCGCACAGCGGACAUCCACGAGAUGCCACCGUGGAUCAAAUCCGUUUUCCUACAAUGGCUGCCCUGGAUCUUGCGGAUGGGCCGACCCGGCCGCAAGAUCACACGCAAAACAAUACUACUAAGCAAUCGCAUGAAGGAGCUGGAGCUGAAGGAGCGCUCCUCCAAGUCCCUGCUAGCCAAUGUCCUCGACAUCGACGACGACUUUCGGCACACAAUAUCGGGCUCCCAGACGGCCAUCGGUUCGUCGGCUAGCUUUGGCCGGCCCACAACGGUGGAGGAGCACCACACGGCCAUUGGCUGCAAUCACAAAGAUCUUCACUUAAUUCUCAAAGAAUUGCAAUUUAUAACGGCGCGCAUGCGCAAAGCUGACGACGAAGCGGAAUUGAUUAGCGAUUGGAAGUUCGCGGCAAUGGUUGUGGAUAGGUUUUGUUUAAUUGUUUUCACGCUCUUUACGAUUAUUGCAACGGUAACCGUGCUGCUCUCGGCUCCGCACAUAAUCGUGCAAUAAGGACGCUCGAAUUAGACAAUUAAGCUACAGGAUACGGAAACGCCCACGCGCACACACACACACGGAGUGUGUGCUGAGGGAGGAGGUCUAGUUAAGUUCUUUUUCAAAAACCAAAAACUAGCGAAGCUGCUUCGACACAAAGCAAAACAAAAAAAAAAAAAAAAAAAUGAAUA